CUGUGUACGAGCUCAUGACUUAAGCAGUUUUCUUUCAGGUUGCUUUGUUGUUGUGAAACCCAAGUCCUUCACACCAAAUACUGAAUGUUAUCAGUAUCAUCGCUAAGAAGAAGAAAAAGCAUCAAAAAGGUACAUUAUGAGCAAAGAAGACCUCGUUUCAGUGGAGUAUGAAAUUUUUGGCAGAGUGCAAGGCGUGUUUUUUCGGAAAUACACUCAAGCAGAGGGGAGGAAGCUUGGCCUAGUGGGAUGGGUCCAGAACACAGACGCAGGAACUGUUCAGGGGCAGCUUCAAGGCCCACGAAGCCACGUGAAGGAAAUGCAAGAGUGGCUAAAAUCCACCGGGAGCCCCAAGUCCCGCAUAAGCAAGGCGGAGUUCAAAAACGAGAAAGCGGUUGAUAGCCUAGAACACUUAUCUUUUAACAUAGUAAGAUAAAAAUAAAGUAUAGAUUGUACCUAUAAAUAUUAACUUUGAUGCAGAUAUACUAUUUAUUUAGUUUAUUUUAUUAGUUGGAAUGAGGCUCAAGCAAUGAAAUGAAUGAAAGGAUGUGUUUAUCUUCCUCCAUAACAUCUAUAUAAUAGUAUAAUAAAAAUAGAAUUCCUUCCAA